CGGCCGUCGGUCCGGGCUUCGGCGAGAGCGAAGGACAGCGGCGGGUGUCGCGGGCGCUGGGAGCGGCGUCGGCGGAAAAAUAAAAGCAAAGCCCGGUGUGGGGGCAUGGUUUUGCUGAAGCGGUCUGCGUAGAGAAGAGAUGUGUUAAUUCGGACUCUGGCUGUUUACUUCACACCGGCUUUUGCACGGCCGUCCUGCAUAAGGAAAAAACCCCGCCUGUGAGUGGAUUCUACAGAAGAAAUGGCAGAAAAGGUGAACAACUUCCCACCGCUCCCUAAAUUCAUCCCCCUGAAGCCGUGCUUCUACCAGAACUUUGCUGACGAGAUUCCAAUCGAUCACCAGACACUGGUGAGGAGGAUCUAUCAUUUGUGGAUCUUCUACUCCGUUACGUUGGGUGUUAAUCUCAUUGCUUGCCUGGCCUGGUGGAUCGGUGGCGGUUCCGGUGUGAAUUUUGGUUUGGCCAUCCUCUGGCUGGUCCUUUUCAGCCCCUGCAGUUACGUCUGCUGGUUUCGGCCCAUCUACAAAGCUUUUCGGUCGGACAGCUCUUUCAACUUCAUGGUUUUCUUCUUCAUCUUCGGAGCGCAGUUCAUCCUGGCGGUCAUCCAAGCGAUUGGGAUCGGUGGGUGGGGAGCGUGUGGGUGGCUGGCAGCCGUGACUUUUUUCGGGACCAGCGCCGGGGCUGGUGUGGUCAUGCUCUUUCCUGCCGUGAUGUUUACACUGUCCGCCCUUGUGAUGUUCGUCUGUCUCCUUCGGGUCCACCGGCUUUACCGUGGGGGAGGCGGCAGUUUCCAGAAAGCCCAGGAAGAGUGGCACAGCGGCUUGUGGAGGAACCCGCCGACUCGGGAAGCCCAGUACAACAACUUUUCGGGGAACAGCCUCCCGGAGUACCCGACUGUCCCCAGCUACCCCGCCCGGAGCCGUUAGCGCUGACCUACCGCCAGAUGCUUUAUUAUUCAGGGUCAUCCCAAAAAUGUGUUGCUGGUACUUUGGGGUGGGUGGGUGCUGAGGUAGAAUAAUCUACGUUCUCCUAUUUUUUUUUUCAACCCUUCCCACCCAAUUUUUUUUUUUUUACAUUUCCCCUUUCAGCGAUUGCAGGAGAUCGAGUUCUUCGACUCUUGUCCCAUGUUCUUGGCCAAGAAAUGGCCAGCAGACGGUGGGUGCCAAUGUUUGCCUAGUUCUGUGGCAGGGGACAGGGCCCACAGUUUCUGCUCACCGCCCUCCCUGCUUUUGCCAAUGGAUACGCGGCGGGGGGCGCAUACCCCCACCUCUAGAGGCCCAGUUGGUUUACGUAGAUCAGCAGUCCACUGCCAUGUUCCUCCGCGGGGAGGAGAUGUAAUCUCUCUUCCUUCUCCUGAUCCGCCCCUUUUGUGGCUUAGCUCACUCUGUUACGUUCCAAAUACCUUUUGAGCUCUUGUACUGGUUCUUAGGAGAGGACAAACCAUUUACUAACCCGUAAUCGACACAAACAGCAAGGAUCCCACAAUGAAAAUGGUUCUUGGAUUGUACUGGGUUAGAUUGCCUAGGGGGAAGAACUGCAAGGGGUGGUUCUUUCCCCUCUAAUUUUUUUAAAAAACACCUCUCUUCCUGCAAGGUGAAAGCUAGCACCUUAGGAAGAAGAGUUCCAGCCUAUCCUGAGGUGCUAAUUUUCCCACAUGCGAGGAUUCUUGUUUCACAAGGGAAUGAUUGAGACACGAGAUCAGGUCCGGAUGUUUUCAUGGUGGACUCGCGCCCUCCCCCCCCAAGUGGCUGUUAGUAUCCCAGGUCCCGGUUUUCCCUUGGCAACUACAACGGGUUCUAGCGCCCACCACAACAGGCAGGGCACCGUGGGGCUGGAACCCUCAGCACGUGAUAUACAGAUGCCUUUCGAGAAGCACUGCACGGUGAUCCUGGAUCAGCAUUCUUUGCACUGGGCGUCUUCCAAACAAGGGGUGAAUACGUUUCCAGCCGACUGCUGGUAUAGUGGCCCUAGAACCCCUGGCCCCGGAUUUGGUUUCCUGCCCCCGGAUUUUCUUCGCCAAGGUACAAACGGUGGAGGCUGACUUCAUGUCUUGCAAAAUGGUCACAUUCUAAUGGGUAACUCGUUGUGCCUCAAGUGCAGCGUGGGUCGGUUCCUCUCCAAACACAUGGGGCCGUGCCUUUCCAGAGUCUUGGCCCACUCCCGCCAGCCCACAUCCUUGCCUACCACUUUGGCCAUUGCCAAGAAACCAGAGUCCGAAUCUCUCUCUCUCGUGGGGUCUGCAUUGAUCCGAACGCGAUACCCUUUGGGGAAAAAAUGUUGUGCAAUUGACGGGUGAUACUGGAGAAGACCACAAAUGUGAAAACUGGCUUCCUUAUCCCUUGGGAACAGGAGGCAUGGGAGGAAGGAGAAGACUGUGACUGCCCGACGAGGACAGGUGUGAUCGUGCCUUACCUGAUUCGAAUCUCUUGCACCGUUCUGUCCCCUGGCUUGGUUUAUACUGGAAGCAUUUCUGUAUUCCUUCAACCCUCCCCCCAGGAUAUAUGUAACAUGGAAAGGAAUAGUGCCUGUCCCAAGAAGGUUUUGUACAUUUCACAGGACGGUACCUGUUAACGCUAGAAGCCAAAAUCUCUUUGAACUCCUUGUUUUGGAAAAUAAUUUUUCCGGGGCCUCUCUCUCUCUCUCUCUCCUCAUGCCCCAAAGCCGGUUUGUUUACAGGACUCCCACGAGCUCUUAAAACAUUCCAAAUGCAGCGCUGGGUUCCUGGAGUCCUUAAUAUUUUUUUUGGUGGUGUGUGCAAUUUUGCCCCCCCGUCCCUAGGGGGUGCUGCCAUUUUGAAGUCUGAAGGCAGCCCGGGUGGCCACGUUCUCUUAGAACUGCUUUCCUGCUGCUGUUUUGCCUUAUAAGAGUGGCUGUUUCGAUGCCUUUAGGUUGCCAAGAGUGCCCUGGGGGGAAGCGGGGGGGGGGGGUUGUCCCUUCAAUCGCUGCUUUCUGCAGUAGGGAACGGAUUGUGGCCGGCGGUCAGAGGUGGCGGCCAGGAUAAUUUUUCUGAGCAAGGAAAGGUUGGGAGUCCAACUGUUUCCCCUCCACCACCACCACUCCCCGUCCAGUUCCUUCUGCUAAGCCAUGGCAUGCGUUGCCCCGCUGUCAGAUACCAAACCGAGCGGUUUCUUCACCCCUCUCUCAGCAACCGUCUUACUCUCUCUCUCUCUCUCUCCUUCCCCGCGGUGACUUCUUGGAAGUGCCGUCUUCUGGAAAGGGGGAAGGGGAGAGAGUGGUCGUUCUCGGAGUAACCCGCCGCGACGUGGGUCCGUCGCCUUUUGGGAGAACUGGAUACGUCCCUCGGCUCACCAGUUUGCCCCUCUAAUUGGCCAACACUUUGCCAUAUUUUGGUAGACGUGAGAUCUCCAGCCUUUUGGAGAGAACUGGACCGCACCCCUUAGGUAACCCAUUGCCAUCCGUAAUCGGCCAGCCCUUUGCCAUAUUUUGGAGGCGGUGGUAUAUCCGUGUUUACAGUGAAGGUGACUCAAAUCUUCUGCCCCGAUUUGGGGGGUAGGGUCUCUUCUGUUGGCUGCCAGGCACGUCUGUAGCCAAGGGAAGCAGGUAGACUUGAGAAACUGUUGGCCAAAGAGCUUUGGUGGGAUUCCUUGGAGGCGUUUCCUUCGACUCUGCUUUAAAGCCGUGUGAAUUCUUCUGGCUUUGCCCUCUUUUCGCCUUCCCCCUUGGAAAUCCUUGUUUGUGACCGUAACACCUACCCCCCAACCCCACCCCAUCAUGCUCUGCUUCUCCCAAGGUUGGGCCGAUUGCUUCCAUUUUAAGAAGUCGCCUACUCCAAUCACUGCCUCAGCCAUUGUCUUAAUAGAGCGAUGAUUCGUCAAACCAUGUCUCUUGUUUACAUUAGGAUGCAAAAGCGCCAAUUACAGAUUUUGGGAGGAAUUAGUGCGACUAGAGCCAUGUGCAUGUGUGUUUUUUAAAAAAUAUCUCCAUCAUGUUCCGGGUUGGGGGUUUUUUGCAUCGUGGUGUGAUCUGUUAACGCUCCCCCUGCCCCCGUUGAAAAUAAAUCUAAGUUUGCCUACGGACAUGGCCUC